GUUCAAUGCAUUACUCACUGCGAUCCGGUUAUGCAGUUGACUGUUGCAGAUGAAAGCCUGCAUGCUCCUCUGCGUCUCCAGUUUACUGCGUAGUCGGAUUGCCGCUAGUGAUGCUUUGAGACUUAGUAGUAGCGCGAUGGGAAGUGUUCGCGAUGCAGUUUGUGGACCUCGAUUUCUGCUUCUUCUUAGCGUUCGCCACGCAUACGAAAUCUCCUUAUGCUGCGUCGGCCUACCUACCUUCAACAGGUCUUUUGCUCAUUUCCGCACACACCUGAUUGAUCCAUGCACAUAUGUUUUUGUUCAGACUCUUAUACUGUGUGCUGAUCUUGAUGCAAAUCAGUCCAUUGGAAGACGGUCGCUGCUGCUUGGCUACCAGGGAUGGUGCGAGGUUGUCGUUUAUAAGUGUCUGUUUCUACUUACCGACAAGAGCAUACAUCUCAGUCCAGUUAAAUCGAGUAGCUUGAGUCGUCCAUGCUACCUUCAGCAUGGACGAUGGAGGCAGAUGGAGGCAGCAUGGAGGCAGGAUUUAAGUACGUAGCAUGCACUCUUGUCAAGCUUGUGGAGCAGGCGAAGAUUGCUACCUUAACGUGCACGGUCUAAUACUUCACUUCUGCAACUGUCAGUGACAACCAGGCUAUGACCGACACUCGAUGAUAGUUGCAACCGAGUUGUGUUCACAGAUAGCCAAGAAGAAGGAGCAGUUUCUUCGUAUGGAUCAGUGACAAUACACUAGCGCACACAAGCAAGCAAUAUGAAUGCCUACACUCUUCUCUAAGAAACUCUUGGUGCUCGGAGAUAACAGGGAAAAUUAUAUAUAGUCGAUGCCAAGCUUUGAUGUAAGAAGCCCCGAAGUGGCCGAACUUGCAUCAUUGUUGCUGGAUCAGUACAUGUCAAAUAAUAACACCCAAACCCUCACAAUUGCAGCAGGGUACAGAAAGCACACCUUGUAGCAAUCUUGGGAAGACAUGAAAGUAUCAGCUUAAGGUCGUUCCGCUUGUGUGUCUCGAUGCGACUUUGAUGUUGCUGUUGCAGGAGGUCGGAUCCAUGCCCAAACCAAUAUCAUCAUGUUUCCACAUUUCAAAGAAGAACCGUUUUCCACUCGUAGACCUGUUUCUCUCUUCACAAAGACUUUCAAAUUU